AUGACGCGAUACUCAAUCGAUUACUCGACAAGGCUGGGGCGUGGUACCGGUGGAACGGUGAGAGAGGGGAUAAAUCUCGACACUAUGGAGAAGGUCGCCAUCAAAGAGAUGGUAGAGCAUCUAAAUCUACACGAGGAAACGAAGCUGGUCUAUGGUCUUCUGCAAGAAUGUCAACAUGAAAACAUCGUCAAGCUUCUGGACGUGGGCUCGAUUGGAGGUAAAACGUACAUGGUGUUCGAGCACAUGUUUGGGGAUCUCUACAAGUUCAAGAAGAGAUUGGGCAUGCUUAUGAAGAGAACCCUCAACAGGGAGGAGAUCAAGACGAUCAUCGAGCAGAUCCUUCAAGCCCUAGCCUACAUGCACGAGCAUGGCAUCGUUCAUCAGGACAUCAAGACCGCCAACGUCCUGAUCAACAAGGAGGGCACCAAGGUGAAGCUGUGCGACUUUGAUCACGCGAGAAGGGUGACGACGCCCCCAAGAGACCCAGAAACGAUUGGAACGCUGGCCUACAACGCGCCGGAGAUCAUCCUGGGCGACACCCAAGAGCUGGGAAGUGGCGUGGACGUGUGGGGCGCUGGAGUGAUCCUCGCGGAGCUGGUUCUAGGGUACAACCCUUUCAGCGUUGUACGCGAGAGCCACGCCGCCAGAGAGCUUUACAGGGUGGUGGAGGAGAUCAAGGAGAGGCUCCACAGGGAGAUUGGCGACGAAGAUAUUCUUGAGCUCCUGGACAACAUGCUGGUUUGGGAGCCGGAGGAGAGAUGGAGUGCCGAGAGAGCUCUUUCUUCCAGUUUCUUUGAGGAUGGGACUCGCCAAAUGUGCCUCGAUUGCUUGCUCAUGGCAACCGGAAGCUUGGCAGCCAUCGUGCACAGCCUCGUCCUUCCGAUCAACAUGUACUACUUUGGCCGGAUCGUCAAUGCUCUCGCCACAAAUCAGAGUGACAGGGAAAGUAAGCACGAAAAACAAAGCUCAGUGUUCUUCCGGGGAACUUUGAGAAGCAAUGCUUAA